AUGGCUCGCGACAACGGCAGCGGCGGUUUUCAACGUCGCGUGAGCGCUCAGAGCGCGACCAGCCCCAAUGAUACCAAGAACAAGGCUGAGCAGGAGCAACACGUCUCGCCCAAAUUGGACAACUCUGAUGACGACGGCAAUACCACGACUCCCCCCAAGACGUUCCAGAACUACAUCAAUGAUCUCUACGAUCUCGUCCCCGACAAUCUGAACGCUCGAUUCCCCGUCAUGUAUGUCCCAGGCUCCAUGUCGCGCAAUGUCGUCACACCGAGCCCCCAGGGAUCCAAGAAGGCUUCUCGUGCCACUUGGACAGACUUCGUGGUCGUCAGUGUGUUUUACGGCGCCGCCGCCAUCGGCUUUCUCGUCGUCAUGUUUGACGGGGCUCGUGCUAUUGGUGGCUUCGUUUGGGAGCUCGUGUCUGCCAUGCUCAUGGCCUUGGGUAUCUGA